ACGAUCACAUUUUUUCUGCUCCCUUUGGGAUUCCACAACGGGACAUUUUGAAGUUAUGGUGGAUGGUAAAGUGGCCAGCAUUGAUGAGCUGCAACGCGUUUACUCCUUCCCAGCACAAACCAAAUUGGUUUUAGGAAGAGCUUUCGGUCAAUCUGCACUAGCUGGUUACGUGGGUGGUCUUAAUAUCUGGGGAACUAUCUUGGAGAAACGUACCAUUGUCGCCUUAUACCGAGGAAAUGGCAGAGAGAGCGGAAACGUCUUUUCCUGGUUUGCUCUUAAGGAUGAUAUUCCAGGAGCGCUUUUACCUCUGAAGGAAGCUAUUAAUUCAGAAGACGUCCAUAAAGAGGAAGAAAGUGACUUCACUCUUCACUUUCCGACCCGUUCGACAAAAAAUGUUGCCAACACCAGCUUUUCGGUCAAAGACACUGUGAAGAGGUUCACAGCAUGUGCAUGGUAUAAGACGGAAGAAAAGGGAACUCUCUUUCAAUACGUCCCGUACAAUAAAGACUCCAUGAAUGACAGUUUUCUUCUCGCGGUAUCUUCAGAUGGCAAUCUGGAUAUCAGAUACGGUGAGGACAAAGGGAACACAACAAGUCUGCGACUAACAGACAACCAAUGGCAUCACGUUUGUUUCACAUGGCGCAGAUUAGCUGUUAGUGUAAAUAUUUAUAGUGAUGGAGAACUUUCUACUGUGAUGAAUUUGAAAACAGACCGCAUUUUAAAUAUUUCUGGGAACUUCAUUGUCGGACAGGGUCUCGAUGAUUCUAAAAGCAAUUUUGUCCUGGAAAAAUCGUUUGUAGGGAAAAUCACAGGUGUCAACUUCUGGGAUAUUCUUUUGGAUUUUAACACUAUAGUGACCCUGUCACGUGAUUGUCGCUCCAGUUGGGGGACGGAGUUGAGCUGGGGCUCAUUCAGGAAUGGUUUCCAUGGAGACGUACAACUGAUCGAAAACUCGGAGUGCUUAGUGCCAGACUAUACAGUUCAGUCUCUUCGGGAUGACAGAUGCAAUGAUAAGCACGCCAUCAAUUCAUACAAUUGCCCUAGCGCCAUGAAAGCGCUGUUCGGUCGAGUAAACUCCACUUCCGGGAGACUGUGGCGAUGUUACUCUGAGAGUGCACUGGAACGAGAUUCCAUCAAUGGCGUCCUAAUCUUUAACCACAGAACUGGGAGACAAGAAUGCAUUGUAGAUGCCCAUGAAGAACUGUUGACCAUAACAUAAGCUAAUAUUUUUCUUUUUGCGUAAUUUUUAAGGCAACGGCAAACGGGAAAAAUGAACUUCGAUGCGUCUUUAUAUCUAUCUGAUAAUGACGACUAUUUAAGAAAGGGAAAGUGAGACUACGAUCAUUUGAUUGAGACAAGUAGU